AUGCUCAUGACAAACUCCACUCAGGUGUCAUCUUUCACUCUUGUUGCCUACUUUGACACCGGGCGUUUGAGAUACUUCUGUGUCAUGAUUCUAAUGUCUUUGUGUGGUUUAAUCUUCUUCACCAACAUGUCCCUCAUCGUGGUGAUCUGCAUGAACAGAAGCUUACAUGAGCCUAUGUACCUGUUCCUGUGCAGCCUGUUUGUGAAUGAACUGUAUGGUAGUACAGGCUUGUUUCCGUUCCUUCUGCUGCAGAUUCUCUCUGACGUUCACACUGUUUCUGCUUCCUGUUGCUUCCUGCAGAUCUACUGUGUUUACUCUUAUUCAACUGUAGAGUUUUUCAGCUUAGCCGUCAUGUCUUACGACAGAUAUGUUGCGAUCUGUCAUCCUCUGCAGUAUAACUCACGUAUGACAGCUAACAAAGUUGUGACUCUUAUUGUUCUGAUUUGGUUGCUCUCAUUUCUUCUGAAUGUUUUCACAUUAUCUUCGAUUGUUCCUUUACGGCUGUGUGGAAACACAAUUAACAAGGUGUACUGUGACAUCCCGUCCAUUGUGAAACUGGCGUGCUCCGACACCAGACUCAACAACAUCUAUGGCCUCCUUGUUAGCACUUUUUCAGUCUUUGUUCCUCUCAUUUUAAUCCUCUACACGUACGUGAGGAUCCUUCAGGUGUGUUUUUCUGGCUCUAAGCAGACGAGGCAGAAAGCCGUCAGCACUUGCACGCCUCACCUGGCCUCCCUGCUCAACUUCUCGUUCGGCUGUGUCUUUGAAGUCAUACAGAACAGGUUAAAUAUGAGCUUUGUGCCCAACAUGUUACGAAUUUUCUUAUCAUUGUACUUUUUUACAUGCCCACCGCUCUUCAACCCUGUCAUGUACGGCCUCAAACUGUCUAAAAUCCGUGUUACCUGUACAUUUCUGAUCUGA